CCUUCCUCUGUGGGACUCGCUGUGAGCAGGUAGAGCAUCUCUGCAGUCCAGCUGCGCUCAGCUGUCUCUCCCAGCGCUCCCAGCAAACUUCCAACUCCAGCCACGUCCGUACCACACAAAGUGUAAACAGCGUGUGAUAGAUAGGCCACCCCACCCUGCCUCGUCUGUUUGCGUGUUGAUCCCUUCAGCAGGCCCUGCGUCUCCUGUCCACAGCACCAGUGAUGAGUUACUACAUGGAUCCAGUUUCUUCCUACCCGGCCCUUCACCUCUGUGACCGUCUGGGCACCGUGAGACAGAGUGGAGGUGUGGCAGCGGGCCCUCAUACCCAGUUUCCUAGUGUGGUUCAUCCUCAGCAGCAGUGCUACCCAUCACAGCCCCUUUACAUUCAGGACAUCCCCCUGCAGGAGGUACCCAACGGACACGACCUCUGCCCGACAGAUCCAGAGUGUGGAGACGUCCCCCUGCUAACUCCAGGAAGUAAAGAGAUGAUGUCCCAGGCUUUGAAGGCCACCUUCAGUGGCUUCACAAAGGAGCAGCAGCGGCUGGGUAUUCCCAAAGAUCCCAGACAGUGGACAGAGAACAACGUGGCUGAGUGGCUAGCGUGGACAGUUAAUGAGUUCAGUCUGAAGAAUGUCGACUUUGACAAAUUCUGCGUGAAUGGAGCCAACCUGUGUGCGAUGGGGAAGGAGCGCUUCCUGGACUUAGCCCCUGACUUUGUGGGUGACAUCCUAUGGGAGCAUUUAGAAAUGCUUCAGAAAGAGGAUACAAAGCAUUACCCCAUCAAUGGACUGACCUCCAACUUCCAGGAAUCACGUUAUACCUCAGACUACUUUGUCAGCUAUGGUGUUGAGCAUGCUCAAUGUGUCCCUCCUUCUGAAUACUCAGAGCCCGGCUUCAUCACAGAGUCUUACCAGACGCUUCAUCCCAUCAGCUCUGAGGAACUGCUGACGCUCAAGUACGAGAGUGAAUACCCUACCGGCAUUCUGCGGGACACGCCCCUCAACCCCCUGCCUGGGGACUACUUCACCAUCAAGCAGGAGGUGGUAUCCCCGGACAACAUGUGUGUGGGACGCCUCAGCAGAGGUAAGCUCGGUGGUCAGGAUUCGUUCGAGAGCAUCGAGAGCUUCGAGAGCUGUGACCGAUUGACCCAUUCAUGGAGCAGCCAGUCUUCAUUCAGCAGCCUGCAGCGGGUACCAUCGUAUGACAGCUUCGACUCGGAGGACUACCCCACUGCCCUGCAUGGCCACAAACCCAAGGGCACUUUCAAAGACUAUGUGAGGGAGCGCUCAGACCUCAGCAAGGAUAAACCUGUCAUCCCAGCGGCAGCGCUGGCAGGAUACACAGGCAGCGGCCCCAUCCAGCUGUGGCAGUUUCUCCUGGAGCUGCUGACCGACAAGUCUUGCCAGUCCUUCAUCAGCUGGACGGGCGACGGCUGGGAGUUCAAGCUCUCUGACCCAGAUGAGGUUGCUCGGAGAUGGGGUAAGAGGAAAAACAAGCCCAAGAUGAACUAUGAGAAGCUGAGCCGUGGCCUGCGCUACUACUAUGACAAGAACAUCAUCCACAAGACAUCAGGGAAACGCUACGUCUACCGCUUUGUCUGUGACUUAAAAAGCCUGCUGGGCUACACUCCCGAGGAGCUCCAUGCAAUGUUGGACGUAAAGCCAGACACGGACGAGUGAAACAAAGAAAAGAAAGAGGAGAAGAAGACAGAAGCUAAGGUGCCACAUUGACUGUGGCUCAUAAAGUGGUCUUAACUGUUUGUUAGAGUCAGUACACCAUUUUCUUUUGGGGACCAAAAUGUUUUUAAUGGAUAAUUGUGGUCUUUAUCGACUUCGAGCUCCUGUCUCUCAGACCACGUUUUAGAAAGAAGGCACAUGCCAAAAGCCUGUAUCCGUACCCUGUUGCAUUUGAGUUGUGUGUGCGUGCAUGGAAGUGUGUGAGAAUGUGCUGGCAUAAUUUAGCAGCUGGAGGCAGAUGGAGCACUGUUGGGUGGAGUUCAGGUUCUGUUCCACCCGAGUAGCACAGCAGGGAGAGAAAGUGACCAAGACAGAAAGUCUAAGGAAAAAGUAAGACACCGAGCAAAAUGAAAUUGUUUAUUUUAUUGUCAGGUUUUAACAGAGAGCAGGCAGAAAGAUCUUGCGUUUAAAGAAUUGUUGCCAAAAUGUAAAAACUGAAUUAAGGAAAGGUUAGAGUCAGCAUCCCCACUGUUGCUCUUUUGCAAAGUGUAACUUUUCAGCUUGGACCAAAAAAAGUGUUUGUUUUUCAGAGCAUAUGAUUGUGCCAGUAUUAUAUUGUUAACAGGCAAAUAUUGGAAUGAAUGUUUCUCUUUUUUUGCCCAUGAAGGUCUGACAGUGGAACCACACAUAAGAAGCCAAGUUUACCUGUCUUCUCGGAGCCUUUAACUGAAAUGUGCUGAUUCGUCAUCAGACGAUCUGUAGACACUGGCCCUGUUCUUUGUGUGAGAUGACUCAUACCCAGAGAGUCUGAUAGAUGACUGAAAGAAGCCGUUGCUUUUGAAACUGACGCUUUCACCUUUUAGAUGUUUGCCACCUUGUUAGAGACAUUUAAUGUGACUGAAACUUGUGCAAUUUUUUUGCAUAAGCAAACCAGUAUUAGCGAACUGUAGACAAUCUAUGUGGGGGGGAUUCAGGAGUCUUUGACGUGUAUUUGUUUAAUAUGCAGAUUUCAUGCAUAAUUUGUCAGUUCACUGUCCAUGUUUGUGUUGCUUUAGAAGUGUUUGGGUAGUCUUAUGUCUGUCUGUAUAGCUACACCACUAACUCAAAAAGGAAAUCAUCAAAUAAGUACUCAGUCCUGAAGCCCUAUCAGACCAAAGAUUCACAAUGUAGUGAUACCAAUAUUUGUGUGUAGCAGGGUACAGAUGCAGUGCUGUGAACUGUGGCGUUGCAGCUUUAAUCAGGCUGGCUACAGCAUUGACUACAAUUCAAGCUAUUGUAGAGUUUCCCACACAUUGGUGACACUUUAGUGGGCCAUCCUGGUAUAUUUACAGCCACCCAUGUCUAAUUUGCACACCUUUUUUCUUCUUUUUUAAAAUCCAUACAUGUUAAGCAUCCAGGUGUCAGCUCAUGCAUAAAUGCACAAUAUCAGGAGUGAUGUUCGAUGUAAAAACCUGCUUCUUACACCAUCAUUUUACAUUUCUCUGCAGCUACUUGCUGCAGAAAUCCUACACUCCUGCAGUCAAGGAUCAUAGUCGCAUUAUGCAGCACACAUGCAGCUCCUCUGCUGUUUAGUGUGAAUAAUGGCAGCUGUUUAGAAUUUAGUCUUUAGGUUGAAAUGCAAUUUAGUUUUAGACACAUUUUAGUUGUUUUAGUCUAUAUUUGGUCAAUGAAAACACAAAAAUGUUAUACUACAGAUAUAAAGUCCUUAUAUUUUAGUCUUUAUUUUAGGUCAAAACAGUAAUUUUCUUUGAACUGAUUUUAUUUGCCAUAUUGCAAAGUUAAUAUCAAUAUUAAAACACGUGUAUUAAUGCACUAUCAAUACUUUAAUUACUUUAAAAUAUACUGAAGAAAAUACUGACUGACUUUGAAGGCCAUGUAGUCUCUACUUAUAUUUUUACUGAUUAUCUGCACAGUAGAGAAAUUGAAUCUCCAGAAGUCCAGCAUUAAUGUUUAGCAGUUAUUAAUUGUCACGUAUUGCGGUUAUUUGUAUUUGCCGGUGUGUUUGUUCUGGGAUCCCCUGCCCUUUCAUGAGCAUGGAAAACAUCAAGCAGGAACAGCAUAGAUUAAGGCAGAAGCAGCAUAAAGGAGGAGAUGGGGUGGAGGAGGGUGGCAGAGGGAGCAGCAAAACAUAGCCAGGCUAAAGCAGUUUGAAUAUGGCAGCAUGAGUGCAAUAGCAUAUAGCAUGCCAAGGAAUCAUUUGGCUACUGAGGGCCUUUGCAGCACUCGCCUGAACUAGCGCUAUACGCUGGAGUUUUGGUUGUUGAAGUUAACACUGCCACUAUAACUAUGGAAAUAUUGAAUGAAACAUUUCAAAAGCAAGCAGUGUUAUUUCAGCAUUUUUAUACAAUGUACUGCUGAUGAAUACUGUCAAAAGAGUGGGAACACACAAAAAAUAAACUUACGUAAAUGGGUAGUUGUGAUGAUCCUUCUGCCACACUUACCCUGAAAGUAUUGCAUCAUUCUGUGUGCACCACAAGAACAUGUUUCAGAAUAGAAAGAAAGUCAUGCCAGCCAAUUACCACCUUUUUAACAACCAUCAUGGCAAACCAGUGGCCAAGAAUUGCAUUAUUCUUAUAUCACCCUGGUAGAGAAAAAAAAAAAGACUUAUUAGUAAAUGUUUGUUCUGCUUAUUAGAGGCAAUGCCAAUUUCCCUAAAUGACAAAACUGCUUUAGGAAUAACCAUCAGAAACUUACAAAACGUGGGGUAUCUCUAGCCUUAAACCCACAGUAUACAUUAGUAUUAACCCUGUGGUUAUUCAGCUGAAACACCCAUGUCUCCAUCCUCUCUUUUCUGUGUUUUCACUUUUUUUGACACAAGCAGAGUUGCAGCCGUAGAAAGUAACAAUCACUCUCCUCAUUUAUAUCGUCUUCUAUGUCAUAUGCAGCUAAAUGACAGGCAUGAAAAGUGGAAGAAGAACCUGAAGCACAAACACAGAAGCACAUUGCUAUGGUAAUGAUGCUUUGUCUCCUCCAGUUGCUGCAUUGUAAACUGACAGUUCCUGAGAAUGUUGCAGUUGCAAGUUUUAACUCAUCUCAUUGCAAAUCUUUGGUCUGAUCUUGGCUUCAGAAUGUCCUAUUAUGUUGCCAUGUAUUGCAUUUUGGUCCCGAGGAAGCAGCUGCAGUGUAGUAAGAAGGUUUAGCGUAGGGAAGAGAGACAGGCGUGGAAAGAUGUUGACUAGAGAUUUGAAAGUUGUUUACUGUGGGUAGAUGUGUCUGUAGAGACUUGCAAGGUCCGACACGGAUUGACUGAAAGAAACAAAGCAAGUUGGCACUGCAUGAAGGUUUGCAUGAUGUGGGUUUUACUGCAAAAGCAGCUAGCGCUGAAGUUUCAGACUUGCGUAGGACAUUUAAAGGUGUAUUCAGGUAGUAACUUUUGUAAUUUGUGCAGCUUACUCAGAGGAUGUGCACAAAGAUCCGCUGGUUACUUUCGAACGUAUUGCCUGAAGUUUCAUGGGAAAAGUGGCUGUACACUGGCCUUAUGGGAAAUGCCAAAGUGGAAUAUCAUCUUAGAAUACAAUGUUAUUGUUUACAGUGGCUGAAUGUUACCCAUAUGGAUGAAAAUAGCUUUUGAGAUGUCUAUUUGUACAGAUUGUAUUUCAUAAUGCUUUAUUGAGACCCAGAUUACACAAAUAAGCAAGAGACAAAGCAGGAAUAAUAACCAAAACCCAUGUGAGGUCUUUGGUCACGCUGCUGUGGGUAUCGUCUACAGCGCUGGAGGACAGAGACCAGAAAUCUCUCACAUUUUUUGAACGUGUUGACUUUUCUUUUAUCUUUUGUUAACAUAAAAAGCACAUGAGAUAAGGACACAAAGGAACGCCAGAGCUGAUCUGGGUGACCGUUUUCAAGCAGUGACUCAAAAUCCCUCAUCAGUUGAAAACAGGAAGAUGAAAAGUCCCUUCAUGAGUUUAGAACUGUGUCCAUAGCUGCUGUUUUUUGCACUGUACCCCCGUUUUAGAGCGGCAUAUUAAUGUCAAGUUGGGAAAGCUGGCUUCGUCUUUCUCAGUGGUAUCCAUAAGGUCACCCUGUGCAUUUAAUAUUUUCUUCUGUUCACCAGGAAAACAUCAAAACAAUAUAAAUGGAAGCUAUUGCAUGGAAAAUGGGCCUUCUAAAAAAGGAGGAGCUGGAGUGGAGGAGGGUUGCAAGCCUAGCCAUGCUAUAGCAGUUUAAAUACGGCUGAAAAAGCUGGAAUACAUUGGUAUUGAAAGUGAUCAAUGCAAACACAACAAAACAUCAGCUAUGGACACAGACUCUUUAUCAUAAGCUGCACUGUACUUCCAUUCUUCUCUGCUUGUAAUGUUUACUCUGUUUCGUUCAGAUUCUUCUGCUUGUGUCAGUGUUUUGUGUUCAAGAGAGCUUUAAUCAUUCUUCAACAGUAAGGGUUGUCAGUAUCCUGGUUAAAACUUUUUAUCUUUUUCCCCCCAUACAAGGUCAUACAUUUUUGGCUUCAUAAAAAACAAUCUGUUACCGAAAAUGUUAAUAUUUUAAGAAUUAUUUUGUCUGGAAAAUGUACUAUUGUUAAAUGUCACGGAUUACAAUCUACUGCAGGUCUCUGUAUAACUGAACCUUAGUCGGGCAAAUGUACACGAGUAGUUUGUGGCAUCUACAUAUCUCAGAAUGGAUUCAGAAGGAAAACUUUUUUGUUUCAGAUGUUGUUGUUUUUUUGUAUAUUUUAUAGUGUCUUUGUAUUUUUGUUAUGAGAUCAUUUUUAUUGUAUUUAGUUCACAAACAUUUGAAUAUUUUUCAAUAAUUUAUAUUUUAUAAAAGACAAGAGAUGCAGACAGCUGGUGCUUACAUGGGAAUUUAAAGGUAGCGCAGGACAAAAUAAUGUAGCGACUUCUGUUAUUUUUUUUUGUUUUUUUGUUUUUUGUUUUUUUAUUAUUUUUUGAUACAGAAAAAAAGACCUGUCUGCUCGAGAAAAAAGGCUGAUGCUGGCCCAUCAAUGAUUUCUGCUGGAAAGGUUUUAUAAACUGUAGCUUCUAUUUCUAAAAUGUACUUAAUGUACUUCAAAAUGUUAUAAAAUAUAUGUGAACAAA